AUGGAUCCCAACAACAACGAAGCCACUAGAUUAUGGAGAGUCUUCCGCACUGCACAUCAAAUGGUUCAUGACAGAGGUUAUCUCGUUUCUCAAUCAGAACUCGAUAUGGAUUUGGAUUCAUUCAAACGUUCAUUCGCCCCAUCUGGUGAUGUCGAUCGCGACCAAUUGACAUUUGUUGUACAAAAGAAGGAUGACCCCAUUGAUCAAUUGCUCGUCUUUUUUCCCAAAGACACAUCUGUUGGUGUCAAGCCUUUGAGAGUUUACGUCGAGCGUAUGGCACAACAACAAAUCCCCAAGGGCAUCUGUAUUUACCAAAAGAGCAUGACUUCCUCAGCCAACAAGGUCAUCCAAUCCUUGCCUUCAAAGCACACCUUAGAAUCAUUCCAAGAAAAUGAGUUAUUAGUCAACAUUACACAUCACGUUUUGGUACCCAAGCAUGAAGUUUUAAGUACAGAGGAGAAGGCAACCUUGUUGCAAAGAUACCGCUUAAAAGAAACUCAAUUACCUCGUAUUCAACAUACUGAUCCCGUUGCAAGAUAUUAUGGUUUGAAGCGUGGACAGGUUGUCAAGAUUUUAAGAGAGAGUGAAACUGCUGGUCGUUAUGUCAGCUAUAGAUUAUGUAUUUAA